AUGAGCUUCAACAACCACAGCCAUGACGCCAACUCGCGCGCUUCCCAAAAGUACGCAGAGGGGCUAUCAGAGGCCAAUCUCAACACCGACUUUUACCCAGUCCAACCCCAUUCACUACUCAAGCCUGACGGGUCAACGGUACCUGUGCAAACUGAAGGACCUGGACGCCCACCUGCUCAUCUGCUACACCAGACCUCCGUUGACUUCAAGGAGGAGAUGCUGCGGAACCGGCACAUCGACAGCAACGAGAACACGUUUAUGGAGUGGGUGUAUCCGCCCGAAAAAGGAUCACCAUCUCGAAGCUUUGCCGAAGAUACGGUGCAAUGGGGUAGCGACGCCAUGUUUGACACCACAGAGUCGAGAGCCACCCGGCGGCGGGUUGGUGUGCGGCAGCUCACUCAAUUCAGACUCCAAUUAAUGCCCGAAGACGAAGAGGAGGAGGAGGAAGAAGAGGAAGAGGAAGAAGAGGAAGAGGAAGAGGAAGAACAAGACGGCGAGGCGGAAGAUGCGCGUUCAACAGGAGGAAGAUCGAGCCAGGCUCGAAGCCCGGCGGCGUCGGUCAGAAAGGGGCCCGGCGGUCGCAGCAAAAGAAACAUCCCCAAGAAAGUAUACUCAGAAAGUGCGGCAACUUCGGUCGCAGGGCCCCUGAUAUCCAGACGCGAGACAAAAGGGCAGCGGAAGAAGCUCACGAUCGAACAGAAGCGCAGCAACCACAUCCGGCACGAGAAGAAGCGGCGCGGACUCAUACGAGAUGGAUUUAAUGACUUGACAGAGCUCGUGCCGGAGCUUCGAGGAGGAACCUGGUCGAGGUCUAGGAUCCUGUUCAAGGCAGUCGAGUUUUUAAAGACGCUGCUGGAGAGGAACGAGGCCCUGCAAGAACAGCUGGAUGCGUUGAAUGGCGGCGAUGGGGGAAAAUGA